AUGGACUCCACCGCGUUUUAUCUCCUCCUCCUCCUCUCAUUAACCGCCGUAGCUAUCCCUCCGACCACCUCCGCCACGACGAUCGGAGUCACCUACUCGAGUCCAGACUCCAUCUCCAGUUCCGUACUACUCUCGCCGGACAGAAUCGCCGAGAAGGUCGUUUCAAUGAAGAUUCCGGCGGUGAGGCUUGUCGACUCCGAUCCGGCGAUGAUUCGCGCCUUCGCCGACACCAACGUUUCUCUCUUCCUCUCCGUCCCCAAUUCUAUGGUUCCACUCCUCGCUUCCAAUCGCUCCGUCGCGAAUCGCUGGGUCUAUCGCCAUGUGCUUCCCUUCCACGGCCGCACCAAUAUCUCAAUCAUCUCCGUCGGGAACGACGCGAUCUCACACUCGCCGGACGUUUCUCCGUUCCUUCUCCGAGCGAUGCAGAAUGUUCAUCGAUCUCUCACGGAUCUGAGAAUCUACAACAUUCCGGUGUCAACUACCUUCUCUUACUUAGACAUCAUCCCCACGGCUUUCCCUCCCUCGGCGGCGCAGUUCCAACAACCUAUCGGAGAUGUGAUUAUCAGGCCGAUUUUGCAAUUCCUCGAACGAACCAACUCAUCGUUCCUGAUCAAUCUCUAUCCCUACAAUGUCUACCGAUCCAACUUCGGCAUUACAAUGGCAUUAGCUCUUUUUCAUGAUUCUCCUUUGAGUUACCUAACCGACCUCACUACCGGACUUGACUACCGUAAUGUCUUCGAUAUGCUGGUCGACUCUGUGGUCUGCUCCAUGGCCGUGAUGGGCCACGAGAAUCUUCCCUUGAUUGUGGCGGAAACCGGUUGGCCUAGAUCCGGAGCCUAUUUCCGCAAAGUAGAUAAGACAAUGCUGUUCGGCGAAAUGUACUUGAAACUUGAAAGGCUUGCUUACUCACAGCCAACAAGCAAAGGAUGA